AUGGAGCUGGUGGAUUCCGCGCCCGCCGCGGUUUCUCCCACCGAGGGGGCGGAAGGCGGGGCGCGAGGAGCCCCGUUAUUCUCCCCUGCCACCGUCUUUUCCGCCGCGGUGAUGGCGGAGGUCGAGCGGGAGGUUCGACGGCUUUACACUGCGGAGCAGCGGGAGUUUCUCCAACGCGCGCCCGACCUCUUCGUCGCCUUGGAAGAUCUCGACCGCGAACUUCCCGAACUCCUCCCUACCCCAGCGGAAAGCAUGGAACGAGAAGGGGAGGAGGAAGGGGAAGGCUGGGAUUCCGAUUUUGACGAACUUCGCGCGGGGAAUCGCGAUUCUCAGGGGGCUUCCACGGCAUCGAUGUAUCAUCUCGCGACAGGGGGGGUGCGAGGGGCGUCGCGUUUUCCACCCGCGCUCGUGUUGCUUUCGCCGCGGGUGUUGGUGCCGAGCGGAACGGUGGGGUGGGCGGGGGAGGGGACCGUUUUUGUCAACGCCGGCGGUGUCCACCACGCGCAGGCCUCCAUUUCCGCAUCCAUCGCCGUCUGA